AAUCCAGAUCGGGUAUUUAUUGUAGGUUAGAAAGCGAGUCAUGCGGCGACUGUCGUUGACGGCGAUGCCGUCGCGCCGGCAGAAGCAGCAACAGCGUGCGAGUCUCAGCUCAGCGUAUGGCAAGUCCACGAGGAGUCUGCGCUCUACGAUCGGCAACUUCAGCAUGCUCUCCUCAUCCGCCGCAACAUCGGCAUCCUCGGAGUCGCUUAACUCGCUGUCGACCGCUUCCAGCUCGUUCUACGGCCCCAUGGAAGACUACGACGACGUCGACGAAGAGGUCGAAGAACAGGAGUGUUGCGAACAAGGAUGGAUGUAUUGGAAACAGCGCAACGACUGCUGGCUCAAGAUGUACGCUCGUCUGCGCAAUGAGUUAUUGUGGCUCUCUAAGGGCGCGGACGACGUGGUGGCCGUCGUCCAGAUUGCAGUCGCUGGAGUGCGUACCACCGACAUUGGCGGCAUCAUCGCUCGCGGCCCUGCUGGUGAGAGCAUGGAGCUCUUUGCUUACGAGCGGGAACGGACUGGGGACUGGAUAGACGCGCUCUACGUCGCAGCUCAGCUUACUCAAUCCUACGAGCGCUCGGUGGCGGCCGAACCAGCCGAGACCGAGGUUCCACAAAAGGAGAAAAAGGAAGUGGAGCAGGUGUAUACAGGGACGCUGGUGGUCUACAACAAGGAGCAGAAGAAAUCCCCUUGGAAGCAGCUCCUAUCUACCAAGCGACUGCGCGCGGCGUGUCGCCGACGACUCGAGAAAUUCGUGGACCGCUUGGACACUUCCAACUUGGAAUCCAAGCGGUAG